GUCAACUUCUCCAUCUUCCCUCUUAAAACAUCCCCUAAGGGAAUCUCGGAAGAGAGAGAGAGAGAGAGAGAGUUGCCUCUGAGACAUGAGAAUGAGCAAGUUAUUGAAGGCUGAAAGUCUUCUAAGGGUCUUGUGCUUGGUGUUGGCUUCCAUGGCAGCUGUGCUUAUUGGUCUGGAUACACAGACUAAGACAGUCUUCUUCGUCAGGAGAAAGGCUACCGUUAAGGAUCUAGAAGCUCUGUGGAUCUCGACCAUCAUUACUUCCAUAGCAGCAGGUUAUCAUCUUCUUCAGUUCUGCAGGUGCUUGGCCUUUGCUUGGCUCACCAAGAAUCCAUGUUGGAGCAACAAGUUUAUGGCAUGGGCAAGCUUUUUGUUAGAUCAGGGGGUGACGUACGUGACUUUCGGGGGGAUCCUGGCGGGGAUGCAGGCCUCGAUGAUCGCGGUGACCGGGAUGCGCGCCCUCCAGUGGGAGAAGCUAUGCAACAUCUACGCCCGGUUCUGCGACCAGGUCGCCGCCGGCCUCGUCUGCGGCAUUGCUGCGUCCCUCUCCAUGGCCGUCGUCUCCUCCGUCUCCGCCUACCACCUCUUCCGCCUCUAAGCCCUCAUCCGUCUCAGGCUCCCAACGUCUAUCUAUUAAGUAUGCGACGCAGACUCCAUGGACGCAAAAUAGUUGGAAACCAAAGUUUGUUUUGGCGCUGUGGGGUCUGGCUUUUAGUUGGCUUGCUUGAACUAUAAAUCGUAUUUGGGUUCUUAAAUAAGCUGAGUUGGAAAAUGGAUCGAUUCCAGGUUGUUUAUGUAAGGAACAAUAGGGCAUCCCUGAUGCAACCAAGUUUAAUUGGCUUGGUUGUUGAACUAAUUAAGUCAAUCUGUAUUUAUAUCUAUAUCUGCACCUAUUUUCGUAUUUGUUAUUCAGAAAAUAAACCCAAAACAAGAAGAAAGUAAAA